UUAUCAAAUACGUUUCACAUUUUUAUUUAUUAAUUUUUUCAAAACUUUAUUAAUUUUUUUUCUGCGGUUUUUGUUGUUUAAUUAAUGCUUCAUUCAUACCAUGAAAAUUUAAAUAAGUCAAUGUUAAUGUUUAUGUAUUAAAAUUUCAAACAUUUAUUAGAAAUGGAUCAAGAGAAUGCUAUUAAUUUAUUAAUGCAAGGCGCAACUGCUUUUUUCUUAGAAGUUCCGUCUGGAAUGGAGUUUGGGAUUGAUAUGAUGUCUUGGUCUACUGGUGAAAAAUUUAAAGGUAUAAAGAUGAUACCUCAAGGUUUACAUUUCAUUUAUUAUAGUGCUAUUGAUCAAUAUGGAAAUACAGCUCCAAGAUGUGGUUUUUUUCAUUUUUUUACUAAAGGUGAAUGCUUAGUAAAGAAAUGGGAUACUGUCAAAGAGGAACUAUUGGAUGUGUCUAGAGAAGAAAUUGUUCGCUAUAAAACAAAUAUUCUAAAUUUAGAUAAGUUUUUAGGACCAUAUCCAUUUGAGGAAUUAGAAAAAUGGAAUGGUUUAUCAUCAUUACUCACUGGAAAAUUAAUUGAUAAACUUUGUCCUAAAACGCAAAUAAUUAGAUCUGCAAUGGAGUUAUUUCCUGCAUCAAAAAAUGAAAAUCUUAAAAAAAGAAGGCCAUGGGGUCCUGUAAAAAGUGAAAAUGAUUUUGGAAGUGAUCUUUUACCAAAUUUAGUUCCCAAAGCAGAAAGUCAAUUCAGGUUUACUGAACCACCAGAAUGCCAUUAUCCUUCAGGUUCAUCACUGUCAGAAAUAACUAAACAUUCACUGGAUUCUUCUUAUAUACUACAAAAAAUGACUGAGAAACAUGAAAAUAAAAUAGAUUUGCUGGCUGAACUUCAGUUCUGUUACAUUUGUUUUUUGAUUGGUCUUAACUAUGAAUCAUUUGAAAGAUGGAAAAUGUUAUUUCAAUUAUUCUGUUUGAGUAAAGAUGCUGUAGUUCAGAAUCAAGUUAUAUUUGUCAAAUUUCUAUUAGCUGUUCGUAAACAAUUGGAAAAUAUCCCAGAAGAUUUUUUAGUUGAUAUUGUUGAAAAUAACAAUGUUAUAUACAAUGGAUUUAAAGAAUUUUUUAGGACUUUGGAAACUGAAGAUUUUGAAAUAGAAGAUAACCUUAAAGAUGGUUCAACUCAGUUAAAGAGAUUCCUUCAACAUAAGUUUGGAUGGGAAUUUAAUGGAUUAGAAGAAGAUGAUGACGAUGAAGCACCUGUAAUUGUAAAUUUAGAAGAAUAUUAAUUUUAUUAACAUUUUUUUAACUCAAUAAAUAAUAAAAUAUUUUUUUAAUUUUAA